AUGGAAUCCCAUUCUCCUCUCCGUCGAACUCCUACCAGUACCUCCGAUAAUGACCUCGACGACGCUGCCUCUCUUACCGCGGUCUAUUCGGCCAGCUCCUCGACGGCUUCCUCUCGCCCCCCUCACCGUUUGACUGGCCGUACUCCCUCCACGCAUUCUCUGUUGGCUAUUCACAAAAACGCCGAUGUCCGCAAGGCUGCGCAUGCCGAGACCACCAGGGCUUCGGCCGAUCGUUCUAGCAUAAGUAUGCCACCUCCAAUCACCAAACCCAGCAUAGACAAGAGGCUUUCCACGUCGUUCUCUUCAGUCCGGUCCCUAAGAAGAUCCGAGGAAGUCCCAAGGAGUCCCCCCACUUCCGUCAAGAGCCUCGAAAGAGACAGGAAGCCCGUUUUGGCUGACUCGACCACCACUCUGACUUCAACCAUUGCUUACGACCCUACCAUGGUUACCACUGCGUCCACUCCAUAUACCCCUGGUUUGCCUGUCCUUUCGCCUCCUGCCUUUAAUCCAAGCAUUCCUAAUCAGAGGGAUCUAGUGUCAACCCUGUCGUCUCCGGUCAAUUCCCCGCCAUCUGCCUCCAAGCGCGACCCCUCCCUUCCUGCUGGCCAAUCCCUGGGAGCUGCCGUCAAAUCCGAUGGUUCCGAAGCCGCCUUGCCUACUAGAGCCCCUCGAUCGACCCAACCGCGUUCCGUGUCCUCCAAUCGGCGCCUAAGCACUACUGGAUCUUCCAAGAACGAGAGUAUUAAUUCCGAGAGUAAGGCGGCUGUGGGUCGCAUUGGUGUCUGUGCUCUUGAUGUCAAGGCCAGGAGUCGUCCCAGUCGCCAAAUUUUGACCCGUCUUCAGGGUGACGGGGAAUUUGAAGUCAUUGUCUUUGGUGAUAAAGCAAUUCUCGACGAAGAUGUCGAAAACUGGCCGAUAUGUGAAUUUCUCAUAUCUUUCUUCUCCGACGGCUUCCCUCUCGACAAGGCUAUUGCUUAUGCCAAACUACGAAAGCCAUUCGUAGUCAACGAUUUGGCGAUGCAAAAGGUGCUCUGGGACAGACGGCUGUGUCUCAAGAUUUUGGACCAGAUGCACAUUCCGACUCCCAAACGUAUCGAGGUGAAUCGGGAUGGCGGGCCCAGACUCGAAUCUCCCGAGCUCGCGCAACACGUCAAGAAUAUGACCGGAGUGGUUCUCGAGGGCCCUGAAGACGGUACCGGCGGUGGCACUCCGGUCACUCAAAAGGUCGAGUUGAUCGAUGAGGGCGACACAUUAGUGGUGGACGGUAAGCCUUUCAAGAAGCCUUUCGUGGAGAAGCCUGUGAGUGGGGAAGAUCACAAUGUCAUUAUCUAUUUCCCCAAAGGUCAAGAUGGUGGUGCACGGCGUCUCUUCCGGAAAAUUGGGAACAAGUCUUCGGAGUUCGACCCAAACCUGACCGUGCCCAGGUGUAUUACGGAACCGAGCAGCAGUUACGUCUACGAGCAAUUUCUAAAGACGGAGAAUGCCGAAGACGUCAAAGCCUACACGGUUGGUUCGAAUUACUGUCACGCUGAGACGAGAAAGUCCCCGGUUGUGGAUGGUCUCGUCCGCCGGAACACACGUGGAAAAGAGCUCAGAUAUGUCACCAAACUCAGCGACGCCGAAAGGGAGAUGGCCUCCAAGGUCGCCCGAGCUUUUGGGCAGCGCAUUUGCGGUUUCGAUUUAUUACGAACGGGCACCUCUAGUUACAUCAUCGACGUGAAUGGCUGGAGUUUCGUGAAAGACAAUGAAGACUAUUACAACGAUUGCGCAAAGAUCUUGCGAGGAAUAUUUCUCGCUGAACGCCUCAAACAAGAUCAUAGUAGCCUUGGUGAUGAUCAGUCCAUCGAGAACACGAGCGACAACCUGCAACAUCGUCAGGCGACUAGUCAUUCGCAUCGGUCAGCCUUGAAGACGAUACUCAAAUCUCCAAGUAUGACGAAACUAUCACAACACUUACCUUAUUCUUCCCGACAUCAUCCGUCAGGAGUGACGGGAUCUCCCAAGACGUCAUCUCUGACCACACCUCUGAGUUCACCGCCCAGUAUUGAGAGGCCCCCUCCGGGGGUCGACAAUACAGACACGCUGCCGCCACCCAUUCUUUCAACGGCGAAUGAAAUCGGAACAGCAGAACCCUCGCCGGCUAUCAGGGAGCAGGAACACCCCGUCCCGAUGCCGAACUCGAAGCACUCUUGGAGGCUGAAGGGAGUGGUCACGGUCAUCCGGCAUGCUGACAGAACUCCGAAGCAGAAGAUCAAGUUUACGGCUCAUUCACAAGUAUUUGCCGACCUCCUCAAAGGCCAUGACGAGGAGGUACUCCUCAAAGGGGAGGCGGCUUUGGCAAGUGUCGAAGCAGCGGUAAAGACUGCACAGAGAGAAAAGCUCGAAGACCCAGUCAAGCUACGGAAUUUACGAAAUGCCCUUGCUAAGAAAGGCAACCAGCCGGGGACCAAAGUUCAAAUCAAGCCUAUGUUCCGAAAGAGAAGUCCCGGGGAAAUGUCCGCCACCGCUCCCGAGGUUUUACGAACCACGACCGAACCCGACGGAACCGAAAUGGUAGAGACGCCCUGUCAUGGCCGGAUCGGUUCGGUUUCAGACUCCAAGGAAGUGCAUCGUGUUCAGACCAGAAGUGAUUCCAUAUCUGGCGCCACUUUCUCGCGGUUUUCAGCCGCCGAAAAUGAUCUCGUUCUUGACAAAUUGCAGCUGGUCAUGAAAUGGGGAGGAGAACCAACACAUUCUGCUCGAUAUCAAUCGCAGGACUUGGGCGCGAACAUGCGAGAUGACUUUAAAUUACUCAAUCGAGAAGUGCUAGACGAUGUCCGAAUUUUCACGAGCUCCGAAAAGCGAGUCAAGACCAGCGCGCAGAUAUGGGCUGCUGCCUUUGUCGGUCGCCAAGAUAUUCCUGAAGACUUUAUAACUGUCAGAAAAGAUCUUCUGGACGAUUCAAACGCAGCGAAGGACGUCAUGGACAAAGUCAAAAAGAAGCUUAAGCACCUUCUUCGAGAAGGAAGCGUCCCGGAAGAAUUUGCCUGGCCGAAAGACGCGCCAGAGCCGUACGUGGUGAUGCAGACUGUCAUUGAUCUGCUCAAAUUCCAUCGGAGAGUGAUGAGGUACAAUUUCAAAAAGCUUACCUCUGGAGCCGCUGCCUCUCUUGCCGCUCUAAAUGGUUCGGCAGAUUCGACGAACAAUCCGAACCGAGAGACCGUCACUGUCGCAUCAAUCCAAUCCAGAUGGUGUACCGGUGAAGACGCCGAACUCUUCAAGGAACGAUGGGAGAAGCUAUUUUCCGAGUUUUGUGAUACCGAAAAGGCCGAUCCUAGCAAGAUAUCUGAGCUGUAUGACACGAUGAAGUACGAUGCUCUUCACAACAAGCAAUUUCUGGAAUGGGUUUUCAGGCCUAGCCAAUCACUUCUCGAAGAAAUGGCCAAGGAGGAAAACCUUUCGUCGUCGAAUACUCCUCCUGAAGCUGAGAGAGUCGAUGAAACACCGGGUCCGGUUAGCAGCACUCGUCACGAGAGUAUCAUUUCGUUCACCAACAGCCUCCCGGACAGGUAUACUUUUGCUCAGAAAAUUCGUCUGAGAAAACAAUCGGUCCUGAAACCGCCUGCGCCCACUCCGCGAUUGAUGUCCUGGGAACAAGGUGCGUCCUAUUUCAAGCUCUUCGGUGGAUCUGGGGAUAGCCCGUCGAAGCAAGAUCGCAGACUUGGCCGUUUGAGAGAACUAUAUCGAUAUAGCAAGAUUUUGUUCGAUUACAUUGGACCUCAAGAAUACGGCAUCAGCGACCACGAAAAACUGGAGAUUGGUCUUCUGACAUCCCUCCCAUUGUUACGAGAAAUAGUCGACGAUCUUGAAGAAUUGCAGGCUUCUGGCGACGCCAAGUCUUUCGUCUACUUUACCAAGGAGUCUCACAUUUAUACACUCCUCAACUGCAUCAUGGAGGGCGGCAUCCACACGAAAAUCAAACGAUCCACUAUUCCGGAACUCGACUAUCUCUCACAAAUCUGCUUCGAGCUCUACGAAGCAAAAGACGCCGAUACUACAGAGUCAGCGUACUCGAUUCGUAUCUCCAUCUCUCCUGGUUGCCACACCAUCGACCCUCUCGAUGUGUCCCUUGACUCCAAGCACGCCAUUGGAAGCGCGCCUCGACGGUCGCUGACCAAUCACCAGGAUUGGAAGGAGGUUAUUUCGACACUCAAGGCCAAGUUCAACACGGUGCAGUUGCCCAAGAGUUUCCUUGCGGUGAACGUGAGUGAGAAGCACGAAGAAGAUGCCGAACGGAGGGCGAGUUUGUUGCAGAGCGAGGCUGCGAAGCAGAGAUACGCAGCAGGGGAAGGUAUAGAGAGUCAAGACGUAUUGGAGAACGAAAAGGAUGACGGCGAAGGUGUGGCUGGGGAUACAGUACCAGCACAACUGUCGUCAUCAGACUCCACAACAGAUGCAGAGACUGUUCCCGCGCUAGAAUAA